AUGGCUCAAGUUGCUGCCAUUCUCUCUCUCUCUCUCUCUCUCUCUCUCUCUCUCUCUCUCUGCUGCUAUGUCGUCUUCAUUUGCAGGCUCUCGUCGCUUCCGCUCUCAUUCUCAAUCGUUUCUUCGACGUCUUCUUCCUCUAAAGUUGGGAACUCCAAGUCUUCAAAUUCGGUGAAGCUCAGAGACGAUUGGAGGAACCGCUCCAGACCCAUUCCUCCUGGAGGUACCUACCCGGCCAAAGACCACUGCAGUCAUUGCGGGUUGUGUGAUACGUAUUACAUUGCGCAUGUGAAGAACGCGUGUGCUUUUCUGGGAGAUGGAAUGUCUAGAAUUGAAGGCUUGGAACCCAUAGUUCAUGGUAGAGGGAGGAAAUCAAGUUCCUUAGAUGAGAUAUAUAUGGGGGUCCAUGAGGAAGUGUUAUAUGCUCGUAAAGUAGAGCCUGUAGAAGGAGCUCAAUGGACAGGGAUAGUAACAACAAUUGCCAUUGAAAUGCUUAAAUCAGGCAUGGUAGAAGCUGUUGUUUGUGUACAGAGUGAUCCGGAGGACAGAUUUGGACCAAGGCCUGUCCUAGCAAGGACACCGGAUGAAGUUCUAGCUGCUAAAGGUGUUAAGCCGACAUUAUCUCCCAAUCUGAAUACUCUUGCCCUAGUUGAGGCUGCAGGUGUAAAGCGUCUUCUUUUCUGCGGUGUAGGUUGCCAAGUGCAAGCAUUAAGAUCUGUGGAGCACCACUUGAAUUUGGACAAGCUCUAUGUAUUAGGCACUAAUUGUGUUGAUAAUGGAACCCGAGAAGGACUGGAUAAGUUUCUAAAGGCUGCAAGUAGCGAACCAGAAACAGUUCUCCAUUAUGAGUUUAUGCAAGACUACAAGGUUCAUUUGAAGCAUUUGGAUGGUCACAUUGAGGAGGUUCCUUAUUUCUGUCUACCAGCAAAUGAUUUGGUCGAUGUUAUUGCCCCUUCAUGCUACAGCUGUUUUGACUACACCAAUGCCUUAGCGGAUCUGGUGGUUGGAUACAUGGGUGUGCCGAAAUAUUCUGGAGUCAGCAUGACGCAACAUCCACAGUAUGUUACUGUCAGAAAUGAACGUGGAAGAGAAAUGCUCAGUCUCGUGGAAAACCUCCUAGAAAUUACUCCUACAAUCAGCAGUGGUGACCGCCGACCAUUUGUUAUUGAGACUGUCAAGGCAGAUGAUAAUGCUAAGUUAGGGAGAGGUCCUUCUCAGCCUGCCCCAAAAUUUAUUGGAAAUUUGAUAGCAUUUAUCCUAAACUUGAUUGGCCCAAAGGGUCUGGAAUUUGCUCGUUACUCUCUUGACUACCAUACCAUUCGGAACUAUUUGCACGUAAACCGUGCCUGGGGAAAAGCAAGAGCUGAUAGACACAUGCCUUCUUACGCAAAGAAAAUCGUGGAUAUGUACAACCAGAAUGGUGAAAUUGAAGGGAUGUUGUCUGACAAGUGAUCGCAUUAGAAGGUGAAGAUAACAUCUGGGUGCUUCAUGAGUGGGAAAUCACCCCUUUCCAAUCUGUAAAAGAGAUCAGUACCAUGUAUGAUCAAGAAUUAUAGCACAUGUUCUCUUUGAACGUUGGUGUAGAUUGAUGACCAAUGUUUUUGAGAUUUUGCUUCCAACUUUAGCUUGGUCACAAACGCGUCAUGUUCCCAGUCUUAGAGGAGGCAACAUUAAUGAAGAUAUAGUCAUUCUUAUUUCACUU